GGAUGAAUGAGAGUGUACCGCUGGAACAAUCAUGGACUCAGCGAGGCUAUGUCGUUGUGUGUUCGGCCUCAUGGUUGUGGGGUUGGUGGGACUACCACAGGUGGUGUUGGGCGGACGGAGAUGUAAUUUUCCGGCAAUAUACAACUUUGGGGACUCAAACUCCGACACCGGAGGAAUAUCCGCGGCAUUCGCAGCGCUUCAUCCACCCAAUGGCGAAACCUUCUUUGGACACCCUUCGGGAAGGUACUGUGAUGGCCGUCUCAUCAUAGACUUCAUAGCUGAGGAGCUGAAGUUACCGCUCCUGAGUGCAUACCUGGACUCAGUCGGGACAAAUUUCCGGCAUGGUGCAAAUUUUGCAACAGGAGGUUCAUCCAUUCUUCCGGGCGGUUAUAGUCCAUUCCAUCUUGGGAUUCAAAUGUCCCAGUUCAUACAAUUCAAAUCUCGUAUAUCAGCUCUCUAUACUCAACUCAGCCCCAGUGCAGGAACCACCCCACCAUUCAAAAGCUUUCUCCCGAGGCCAAAGGACUUCUCAAAUGCUCUUUACACAAUUGAUAUUGGACAGAACGAUCUUUCUUAUGGUUUUCAACACACAACAAUAGAACAAGUUCGACUCUCCAUUCCUAAUAUCUUAAGCCAGUUCUUCCAAGCAGUGCAUCAAUUAUACAAAGAAGGUGCAAGAGUAUUUUGGGUACAUAAUACUGGCCCAAUCGGUUGCUUGCCAUAUACUGUUAUAUAUGGCAGAUCAAAGCCUGGUAAUCUGGAUCAGAAUGGGUGUGUGAAGCCUCAAAAUGAGGUAGCUCAGGAGUUUAACAGGCAGCUUAAGGAAAGGGUGUUUCAGCUGAGGGCAGAUCUCCCUGGUGCAGCAUUUACAUAUGUUGACGUGUAUUCAGCUAAAUAUGCUCUAAUUAGCAGUGCCAAAAAUGAAGGCUUUGUUGAUCCAUUUGAGUUUUGCUGUGGGAGUUUCUAUGGUUACCAUAUUGAUUGUGGGAAGAAAGCAAUAAUCAAUGGAACGGUUUAUGGUAAUCCAUGUCAUAAUCCAUCAAUGCACAUUAGCUGGGAUGGCAUACAUUACUCUGAGUCAGCCAAUCUAUGGAUUGCAAACCGAAUUCUCAAUGGUUCCUUCUCUGACCCGCCAGUUUCAAUUGGGGAGACUUGUUUUCUAUACCAAUAAUGUGUAAACUGUAAAGCACAAUGCAAAUAUUAUAUUGAACUCUCCUCAAUUGCUUAGAAAUUGUUAGAUUAAGAUUUUCACCACUUUUAAUGUUGGUGAUGUUGAGCAUGUAGUAUCCUUUUGAAGGACCCUUUGGAUAUGUUGUGUGAAAGUGUUCAUGUUAAGCAAUGUUUGAAUAUUAAUUAAAGUAGCUUAAAAUC